UCUGUCUAUAGGCCUAUUCGUUGAAAAGUUAAUUGCAGGGUUUUACACGAGCACGUGAAGGCAACACACUAGCCCUAGCAACCACUGCAGGGGCUCAGUGUACCUUAGCAACCAUGGAGGACGAGAUGUUGAUGGAAGAAAAAAGCAAGGUCACGCAAGAACAGAAAGAAGUCCUCCACGGCCGAGUCGAAGAACUUAAGUAUUCCAUUGCAGCCCUCCUGGCAGAGAAUGACAUGUUUGAACGUUUCAUCAGCCGCCUGGAUCCAAAAGACCUGGUGCCCCAGCCUCCAGGAGAGGGCCCGGGGCCAGCAGGAGCCUCCCAGCUGGAGGGUGGGGGUCGUGGACGGAGGCGGAGGUCCCGGUCCAACAUGUCAGAUCGCCUCCUGCAGCUGACUCUGGAACAAAAGCUUUAUAUGGCACAGAAAGAAGUAACAGAGACACAACAAGACCAGGAGAAACUCAAACAGAGAUACGAGAGAAUUCAGGACAACUACAAGGCCUCCCUAAAAGAGGCAGAAUUACGUCUAGAGGAGAUCCAGAAGGCCAAGAAGGCGUUUGAACACAGACUGCUCAAACCUAAGAAUGAGAGCAAAUUGGAGAUGAAGGAGCCCAACAAGGUGCUCCAGUGCAUUGUGGACAAGUUAAAGGUCACCCAGUUGGAGAAGUUUAAUCUGAAGAACCAAGCACUGAAGGUCCAAGAAAAGAAGCUCCAGCAGCAGCUUCAGCAGAAAAAAGAGACGGGAAAAGCUGAAUAUGAGGACAUUUUCCAGGCAUACAAUGAGCAGAGAAUUGAGAAAAACCUGGAUGAACUUCAAGUUAACAAUCUGAAAGUACAACGUGUCCUCAGUUCACACAAGGAGAUGCUGCAGAGUGUGACAUGGGAGUCUACGGAGCUGAGCAAUGACAUCACCAAAAGGAAGCAGAUGCUGGCAAAAAUUGAGGAGGAGAUACAGCAUGCUGAGGAGGAGCGUUUAAAGGCAGAGGCCCUCAACCAACACCUGCGCCGCCAGAUGGCAGAUUAUCAGGCUCCUGAAAUCAUUGAGUACAUGCACAUCAAGGAUAAACACAAGAAGCUGCGGCAGAGCAUUCACACAUGGGAGAGGAAGGUUGGGAUUGCCGAGAUGGCCUUGAAGACCCACACUAAAGCCUGGAACAAACAGAGAGCCACUCUUACUCCUGCAAACAGUGCUGAGGCUGGAGCUCGGUCUGGAGAACACCAGAUCCCAGUAAAGCUCCCAUACAUAGCAGAACACAGCACUUAGAUGGGCAGAGAAUCAGAGAGCUUACAGGAUUCAUGUAGGAAAACAUUACCUGUCCCAAACUACGGUGCUGACUUCAGUGAAAAAUGCCUCGUGUCACCAUAUUACAAUUAUCCUACAUUUAAUGAUUUGUCAUAAUAAUUUGAGACUUUCUUGUUGGGAAAUGUGGAAAGAAAACUCACUCAGUGUGAGUCCUUGAAAUAUUUUUACUACACACCAUUAUUAAGAAUGAAAUAUACUGUCAAAGUUCUGUAAAUUUAAAAGCCAAGCUUCAUCAAACUAUUUCUUAAAUAUCAUAAAAAAAUCUCUGCAUACCAAAUAAUAAUGAAGAAUAAAAACAAUUUGAUUUCCUAUACUG